CCGUUUCUUCCUGGCAAGAACGACUGGCGCGCCGUGUCUCCGCAUUGGUCUCCGACUCUGGCGAAGAUUUCGGCGCGAUCAGUUGCAUUUGCUAACCAGUAGCCAUCAAGCGAGAAGAGGUGUACAUCUCAUACGCGCUGUGUCAUCGCCUAUUAUUGAUUAUCGUUCGACCGUAUUGGCGCGAUAACGUCAAAUUGUUUCCUAAACCGUUCUCCAACCUUUUAACUGCCUAUCGCCAUAACCUAAUCGGUCCACCUGUUAAUAUCGUCGAUGAAAACAAAAAGGUAGUUAGACAAGAUGGAAAACGCAGAAGACGUGAAGACAACUGUGGAAGUGUACAUCUAUGACCUUUCAAAGGGCAUAGCUGCUAUGAUGUCUAGAUUUGUUAUAGGUCGACACUUGGAAGGAAUAUGGCACACAGCAAUCGUUGUAUACGGAAGGGAAUACUUUUUCGGACCAUCUGGAAUUCAGAGCUGCAGACCUGGUGGCACCGUGUUAGGGGAGCCCUUGAAGGUGGAAAGAGUCGGCGAGACUUAUUUGCCCUACUCCGUGUUCUUCGAGUACAUCAGCGGUCUGGGGACGUCAACAUUCGCCCCAAACACCUACAACCUCUUCAAGCACAAUUGCAAUUCUUUCACGGACGAAGUUAGUAAUUUCUUGGCGGGGAAAAGUAUCCCGAAAUACAUCCUCGAUUUGCCGGAAGAGAUACUCCAAACGCGGAUCGGACAGGAGCUGAAGAGUCUCAUAGAGGGUUUAUGUAGCAGCGCGAGCGGAUCGUUGUUAGUCGGCCGCCAAACAUUCCUUGAACCGAGAAAUCGUAGAGAAGUUUCGCCGGAGUUUCAACUUUUAAAUGAAGCUAUCGAGGAAGCAAGGUUAAACUCAAUCGCGCUAGAAGAAAGAAGAAACGAAAUCAACGAGAAAUUAGCCAAGAAGGACAGGAAGAAAAAAAAGAAGAAGAAGGAGAAAAAGCAGAAAGGAAGUAAAGAUAGAGGUGCAAGCGACAGCAACAGCACCGGUCCUAGCAAUUGUACAGACAUGGCAGAAAGUGAAAGUGCGGUCAGCAUGAAUGAGAUGAAGGCUACCAACGGCGACAGCGCUGAGAUGUUACCAUCGGACAGAGUCAUGCAGAUGGAAGAGGAAGAGAAGUUAGAACAAGAGGAGAGGAAACGUUACCGAGAUCCUCCCAUAGUGUUCAAGGACAUGGUAGACGUGAAAGCGGAGUAUGAGACAUUGAGCAAAGUACUUGAAGGGAAGUUGAACGAGGACGAACGAAUAUGCAUGGACGAACUCCGGCAGUAUGUUCUAGAAAAUGAAGGCUCGUGGGCGCUGGGUGACAACUUCUUAAAUUUCGUAGGGCGAGUUCUGUAUGACAAAUCCUUAUCGAGCGACGCAAGGGUGACACUACUGAACGUACUCUCGGUUGCUGCGUUGAAGGACGACGUGAUACUUUUAUUGCAUCAGGAUAGAAGGGAGCAUAUCAUUAUGAAUUAUGCCUUUGACAUCGACCGUCAUCCGCCGGAAGAACAACUCCCUCUUGCACAGUUUUUGGCGAAUAUGUUUGAGAACCUGAGCAGCUCCGAGUGGCUGUUGUACAUAUCAGAAUGGCAACACCAAAACCAAAAUAUCAGUAACAUAAGGGUGACAACCAAAGUUGCAGUGCAUUCGUUGCUCUCAAACUCCGUCGACUUGCAAAUCCGCGGUGCCGCCAUUAUUCACAACCUUGCCUGCAAGGAGAAAAUGAACAAAAGCAAAAAUCUGCGGCGACUUUUACCAAAAGGCAGCAUUUCUAAGGUGUUCGACGAUGUCGCCGUAGAAUUAACGAUGGCGUUGUUGCAAUAUUUCAACGGCAACCCAGCCGAGGAACAGCUGUACGCUUGUAUGAAGUCAUUGGCACGUUUCACGCAGAUCAGUGGCCAAGAUGUGCCUCAGCUUAUACAAAUGAUUGGACCGGAACCAAACAAAUUUCGGGGGAUGUCCGAGAGGAUCGACGAACAAAUUGAUCAGGUCAAUAAGAAACUGCGUUAAUCCGACGUAAUAUGAUUUUAAUCGUAUGAAAAAAGAAAGAAAAAAAGUCCUAAAUUCCAAAUACGAUGCGAAACGUUAUUGUACUGUAACUGAGUUUUUACAUAAAGAUUUUAUUAAAAGUAUUUGCAUAUAA